CAAAAACUGGCACCUGAUCGAAUACUGAUUUAAGCUAUUUUCCUAUAUGUAUUUGGAUCUGAUCACAAGUGUAUACAUGUAUUAUGCCUAUAUUUUUUUAUCGGGUGUAUACACAUUGUACCUACCCUUUAUUGGGUCAGCGCCCCUGAUUGAUUAUAGACAUCUUUUAGGUCUUGGACGACGCACGUACGUCGCCAGCGGCGGCGGUCUCGUCGGAGAGCGGAGAGUCUAGCGCGCGGCCGGCCGGCCAGGCGAGCGCGAUCCUCGAUCGGACAGACAAGUGGUUGUUGGUCGAUCGAGAUGACGGGAUGCCUGUGGCCGUGCGUGGGAGCGGCGGUGGCCGAGGAUGGGGCCGGCCACCGGGGGCUGUUCCGCUCCAAGCCCAGGACCCCCGCGGAGGUGGUGCAGCACGUCAGGUACCUGGUCACCUACGUCCUCAACAACAAGGACGGCUGUGCCGGCGGCAGGCGCGACGCCAAGCUUGAGCACAGGAUGUUAGAACUAAGCAAAGGGAUCAAAGAGAUGAAAGGCAUUCUCUAUGGCAAUGGUGAAGACGAUCCUUGUGAAGAAGCUUGCAAGCAAUUGACUAAGGAGUUCUUCAAGAAGAACACAGACACCUUCCGUCAAUUUAUUGUUUGCCUUCAAUACGUGAACUUGGAUACACAAAAGGAUGUCACUCAAGUGAUUGCAAAUUUGCAAAGGCAAAAGGUUGAUUCAAGAUUGGUUGCCUCUGAUUACUUGGAAGCUAACUUGGAUCUUUUGGAAAUUUUGAUGUCUGGGUACGAAAACUUGGACAUCGCAAUACAUUAUAGUACUCUAUUGAGAGACUGCAUACGCCACCAAGUUGCUGCAAGGUACGUAUUGGAAUGUCCACACUUGAGGACAUUCUUUGAUCAUAUACAGUUUCCAGACUUCAAUAUACAAUCCGAUGUGUUUAAAACUUUUAAGGAGCUCAUGACACGACAUAAAUCAACUGUUGCUGAGUUCUUUUCCAAGAAUUAUGAUUGGUUCUUUGCAGAAUUCAACUCGAAGCUGAUAUUAUCUGCUUCCAACUACUUCAUCCGAAGGCAAGCUGUUCAACUCUUGCGAGACAUUCUUUUGGAAAGGUCAAACAGUGCAGUGAUGAUGCGCUAUGUUAGUUCGAAAGAGCACCUCAUGAUUCAUAUGAACCUUCUAAGGGAUGACAGCAUAGCUAUUCAGGUAGAGGCUUUCCAUGUCUUCAAGCUGUUCGUCGCUAACAAGGAGCAGCCACCUGAGAUCACCAGCAUACUGCGCACCAACAGAAGCAAGCUCCUGAGGUUCUUGAAAGACUUCACCACCGUGGAGAAAGACGAUAAGAAGUUCGAGGCCGAUAAAGCUACGGUCAUCUCGAAGAUCCUAGCGCUAGCUGGCGCUGAAAAUUAGUAGGCGUCGACAUAAAAAGUGCAGUAGCUAGCUAAGUGUCUGUCUCCGUGUGUGUUUUUCUUUUUGUGUUCCAUAAGCCGGUGCCGGCUCAUUGGUUUCUUUAAUUUGGGCCGCCGCGGCGCCGCGCCACAAGUGAGCGCGCAGCGUGCUGCAGUGCUGAUGACAGGCUGUUGUCUUCUUACCGUAGUAGCGACAUUUACCAGUCGAGUAUCCUGUGCCA